UUCUCCUUUCGUGCAGUUUUAUACUCUUAUUCUAUCUGCAAAUCACUUUUCUGAAACAAAAAAUGAAUACCCAAUCGGCCUAUCCUCACCAGCAUGGAGAAGGUGAAGAUGACCACCAUGAGAAAAACUCAGUUUUGAAAAAAGUGAAGGCAAAAGCAAAGAAGAUAAAGGAUACAAUUAAAAAACAUGGGCAUGGGCAUAACCAUGAUCAUGGUCAUGAGUACCAUGAAGGUCAUAUCCCUGAUGAUCAUGACCUGGACGAGGAAGACGAUGAAGAAGAAGAAGAAGAAGAAAUUGUUCAAGAUCCCGAAGUUCACGGUGCACCAAUGUACGAGUCUGCCGCUGCUAAAAUUGUUGUGUCUGGACAACCAGAAGACUUGAGCCGUCCUGGGAUUACAAACGACAGGUCAAAACCCAUGGUCCUGGAUCCUCUAGAAUCAAGGGGAAUAACCGGAAACUACGGGACAAAAGACAAUGAACCACCUAGCAGCGCUGUUGAUGGCUUGGAAGGCUUUGUGAGAGAACAAGCGAGGGUCGACUUUGGGAAGAGGACUGAUACUGUUGGGGAACCACUAGCGCCGCAAAACACACCUAUGCCGAGUUCUCAAGGCAAAGAUACGACCGGUCCUACGAGGACUUUUCUUCAUGGGGAAGGAGGAGGGUAUUCAGGGCAGCCAAAAGUUAAUUUACAAAGACCCAUAGGGUUGGAGGAAGACCCUGCUGCUCCUAAGGACAAUCCUGAUGCUUAUGUUACUACAAAUUAUCAGUCCAAGGUCACAGAUCCAACAGGAGAAGGUGGAGAAGGAAGAGGGAUAACCCCACUUUUGCACUCAAUGGAUAAAAUGAGUAUCUAUGAGGAAGACAAGGGUAGAAAGGACAAUUUACCUCCUGCAACUCAUCCUGUUGCAUCAGAAUUAUACCCUACAGGAAGCCAUAACCAGUUCUCUCCUGGACCAAGUCCUCCAUUAGACACCGGAACCAUGGACACAAAGCCUGAAGAACACCCACGUAAUGUUGCUGCUGAUGAGCCGGUAAACCAGAGCAGUUACACUGAGAAAAUAUCGUCGGCGACCUCUGUUAUUGCAGAUAAAGCAGUGUCAGCUAAGAACAUUGUAGCUUCAAAGCUCGGGUAUGGAGAAAAGGACGAGAGUAGGACUACCACGAAUGGAUCAAGUCCGACUACGAAAGGAUCAGCUAUAGAUUAUGGAAAGAAAAUGGCUGCAACUAUGGCGGAUAAACUAAGUCCUGUUUACGAGAAAGUUGCAGGAGCGGGAAGCACCAUGGUGUCGAAGCUACACGGUCCCGGCUCUGGGACGGCAACCGAAGUGUAUCCUGAUCAGGUUCAAGAUCAGGACAAAGGGGUCUCAAUGAAAAGCUAUAUCGCGGAGAAAUUGAAGCCUGGUGAAGAAGACAGGGCACUAUCAGAAGUCAUUUCGGAGGCCUUGCAAAAGCGAAAAGAGGAACCAGAGAAGGAAACAACGGCGGCAAGAGGGAAAGUGACGGAGUCGGAGGAGGUGGCAAGGCGAUUGGGCACGACGGGCGAAACAAACGAAAGGGUAGGUUCAGGAUCCAUGAAUAGUCCCACUAAGAGUGUAGUGGAUAAACUUAAAGGUACUGUUGGUUCCUGGUUUGGCAAAAGUGAAGUGUCUUCCCAGGGAACUGAACAGGGACAUGGUUCAUCAUCUGGUAAUAAUGGUGUUCCAAGUUCUACCGGCGAGCGACGUCUUCAAGAAUCGAGCAAUUGAUUCAAUUAAGAAAUCUACAAGGAAUGAUAUAAUGGAAGAUGUUUUAUCUUUACGCUUUGUGUGGAGAUCAUCAUGUUGUUUUUAAAAAAUUCAUUGAAUGUGUGUAGCCAUGGGCUUAUGGCCUCUGUUUCAUGUGUGUACUUUUUCACAGUGUUUAUAUAUAUUCUGGUUAACAAAUUUGGGUGCUCUUUACACCAAAAAAGAA